AAUUAAAAGGAAAAUUAACUCAGCGCUCCCGCGUACGCAGCUCAGCCCGGAGACCUCCACCAGCUCUGCCCCCGCAGCCGGCGUAGGCGGAUAAAGAGCGCUGAGGCGGUGGCCGGUACCGUUACCCCAGCCCCUCGCGCCAUGCGGCUCCCUCCCGGCGCUGUGCUGCUCCUGGGGCUCCUCGGGACGCUGCGCGAUGGCGGCGCCUCAGGUCUUCUUGAGCUCUCCUUGGGAAAAUUCAGAAAUGUGCUACUUAAUCAGACCAAUCCAGUGGAAGCAGUCAUCAGGAACAUUGCAAGCAAUGUGACAGUCAUCGUUUUUCAAGUACACGCACAGCGAAGUGAUGUGGUGAUAUCCUUUGAUAAGAAUCCAUCUACAAACAGCUCAGGAACUGGUGUAGACAGAGGGCUGAUUUCCAUCCUUCGACCUCAACAGACUGUGUGUACGUGGUACCUUCGAUCUCUGGAUGCUAACCGGGUGCUAAGCACAGCUAUCUCUAUUCCGUAUAUGGAGAAAGAUCCUAUACCUGGAGGCUGCAAUCUAGAAUUUGACUUGGAAGUGGAUCCCAACAUUUAUCUAGACUACACAUUGGCUGAUGUACGCAUCAAGUUUGCCCCUGCAAACUUGGGGUAUAUGAGAGGAGCAAACCCACCAUCCUGUGAUUCAGGAACUGGUCAGAACUCCAGAUGGCGGCUGCGCUAUGAUGUCUACCAGUACUUCUUACCAGAAAACGAUCUUUCUGAGAUGGUGCUCAUGAGCCACAUUCGGAAGAUGUCUGAGGUGCAAAGUAUCAAAGCUAAUGGUGUUAAAAUGCUUACAGUGACAAGUGAUGAUAAGACAGAUGUAUACUUUUCCUCGCUCCCUGGGCAAGGUGUGAUCUACAAUGUCAUAGUAUGGGAUCCUCUUUGGAAUACUUCUGCUGCAUACAUACCUGCUCACACAUAUGCCUGCAGCUUUGCUGACCUAGUGGAUAACUGCUCUUCUCUUAGCAAACUCUCUACCAAAAUCUUCUUCACUGCUCUUGCUGUUUUUGGUCUCUUCACAUGCUUUUUUGGACACAGAUUCUGGAAAACAGACUUAUUCUUCAUGGGAUUCAUAUUCACAGGAUUCUUCUUCUUUGUAUUCAUCACUAGGGUAACUGGCCUUGGUUAUGAUGUGCGUCUUAUUUUGACAGCAGUAGCUGGGAUUAUUGGAGGGAUUCUCCUGGUUGCAAGCUGGUGGAGGUUUGGCUCUGUCCUACUCUGUAUGUUGAUUAUUGGACUUGUGCUGGGAUUUCUCUUCUCAUCAAUGGUCUUCUUUACUCCACUAGGAGACUACAGGGUGUUCCGUGAUGAUGUUGUGUUCUGGGUGACCUUUUCUUCUGUGGCCUUGAUGAUUCCAGUGCUUUUUGUUGGCUGUCCAAGAAUUCUGAACAUACUAGCCUGUGGAAUAGUAGGCUCUUACGCGGUGGUCCUGGCUAUUGCAUGCUAUGUUUACACAAGUCUUGCUUACAUUGCCUUAGACCUGCUCAGAAGGCUCCUCAAUGAUUACUUUAACAGAGCUUACACCAACGUGCCUUUUCAAACAAAUGACUUUAUUGUCCUGGCAGUGUGGAUAAUGCUGGCCCUUAGUGGAGUAACUGUGCAGCUUCGCAGAGAGAGAAGUGAAGUGCCCUUCCCACCACACCCUUACCUCACCUGGAAACGGGAAAGGGAGCGCAGAAGCACAAAUGUCUUAGACCCCAGCCAUCAUAUCCCUCCCCUAAGAGAGAGGAUCCACAGCAAGCUGCUACAGAUUAAAGAGCUUUUUCAGAAGGAGCAACCAGCUGGGGAAAGAACUCCAUUGCUUCUGUAACCAGCUCAAUAACUGGUGGGAACAGAGAGGAAGAAUCUAACAAUGGCAAGAUAAGUUAUCACCAGCAAACCAGCCAGCAGUGCAGGCUUCUACCGCUGUCAACUUGUCCUGUGUAAUAAGAGGAGGCUGUUUCUUCAACUCGAAGGAAAAAUUAUCUGUCCUGUCCACUACAUGCUGUUUUGUGACAUUCCUCAAUGGCCCAUUCAGACUGCUGUAAUGUGUAUGUCUGGCUGCAGAGAUCUCAUAUUAAGGGUCAAGUACAGGUAUUUGUCUUGUAGUGAGCUAGUUUGAUGUUCAGGUAUGGGAGUAUAGAACAGCCCUUAGAAAGCAACCUGUGCAACACUGGUUCUUCCCUCACGGUGUGAAAAUUUCUGCCAAAAUAUUGCCUAACUUGUUCUUGGAGGUGAGCAGUCUGCCAUCUUGCAAGGGAAGAAAGACAAGGGUCAUAUACAGAAGGAGUUCUUCUAGCAGGAACUGAAGUAUCAUCUUCUAAUAGGUACGAAAUGUGUGGCUGCAGACACAGUUGUGUCCAAGACACAUUACUGAACCUUGCAAGCUAAAUUAAGUGACUUGAAUUUAAACUGCACUGAAUUAACUGUUGUAAGUGAGCACACUGGGGCUCAGGAAGUGAAGCUGAUCUGAGACUACUUUCUCCCUCUUUUGCUUGGUUCUGUAGCAGGCUGGUCAUCUGGUCUUUGUACAGAGAUGACUGCUAAGAGAACGCAAGUGGCUUGCUUCCUUAUUUGCUUUCUGAAUAGCCUACGACUUGCUUUGUCUCUGGUAUCAUCUUUUUUUUGAUGAGGUGCUGCCAAAGAGAGUAACUGGAAUAAGCACUUUAUUGCCAAUGUCAGUCUUUCCUGGAAUUAGUUGAAACACUAACUGUUGUGGUUGUUUUUUUUUCUUUAAUCAAUCGAUCUUUUAAUUUUUGCCUUUAAAGGUGAGAAUAGCAUACUGCAGGCAAAAUACUGACCAAGAUCCUUGCUGACUCAAUGUGUUCCUUAGCAACUCCGAUUGCAUUUUCCCAAUAUGAAUGCAGUGUAAAAACAGAUAAAGGACCACUCUUGUGUUCGGUGGAAAAUUGCAUCUUGUUUGGUGGCUUUAUUCACUUCCUUAAAUAAAACAAGCAGCCAUUUUCAAAAUGCAAACUGGAGCCUUGUGGGUUUGGCUCACGUUAAUGUACAAACUGACCUGAGGCUGUCCUUGGGUUUUACUGCCCACCCCCUGCCCGGUCCUGGUCUAUAUCCUCAGUAUUUACAUUGUGGUCUGUCUUAUAUUAAAUAGCAAUGAAAGCAAUGCAUUACAUUGAUUCUUGAUACAGGUUUUGGUGGCUCUUUCUAAUUUUUUUUAAAACUUUUUAAUUUCUUCUUCCUAUCUUUAUACCUUUAGUGUGGGCAGCAGAGUACAUAGUCCUUCCUGUCUGGAGGUGGAUGGCUGAUCUGCUACUUGAAUGGAACCACUGCUAGUGAAUAACCUGCUGGUAAAACUUCAGUUCUCAGCCACUACUUUAAAUUCUUGGCAGCAGGUGUGUCAGAAACUACCCACUGAGGAAAGUGACAAUACUACUCUAUCUGAGAACUUACUUGAAAGCUUAAACAUUCUAGCAGUAGAAGAGAACCAAUGACUUCAAAGUAACUCAAUUUUACAGCCUCUUCUCAGCUUGUAAGGAGUGAAACUUUGUAGCAUGGCAUAGCCUCUGAGGUGACUGAGCGGAUCUGAUGUUUAGAGACAAAUCCCAUGACUGCUUGGAGCUGGUACACUUGGCUCAAACAGCUGAGCAAGGCUGAAAUCCUACAUUUAGGGUCUUGCUUCAUUCUGCUGUUCUCUGUGGCAGAUGGGGGUAAAUGAGAAGCUCUUUCCUUGGUCUCUGAUGGACUGAUGUUCACUGGCUGCCCUUACUGCACUGAUACUGAGCUUGUCUUUGUGUAUUUGACUAAGUAGCAAACACUUAUUUGGUAUACAAAUGCUCUUAAACAUGUUUACCUUGUUUUUUUAUAACUGUUGUGACUAGCAUUCUGAAAGAAACAAGUUGAACUCUAAUUUUCUAUAUCUUUUUAUAAUAAAGAUGUCUUUUGAAAUAA